AUGACGCAGACCCGUAGAAAAUGGGACGCCACGGCCGAUUCUUCCCACAACGCCGAUCUCCAAGUUGGAGGUGAGGACACCCUGGCCGAAAUGUCGCCCAAGGAGGAGAAGGGAGUUGACGUUGUCGGUGAAUGGUGGGAGCUGGUCGCCGGUGCCGGAGAAGGUCGGGGUUCAGAGGCACGACGAGGCGACCGACGCAUGCCAAGCGGAGGAGGUGGCUAA